AUGCUGCGAAGCAGUGGAGACUCGACCGCCACCGGAGGUCGUCGCGCAUCAGACGCUCAUCUCCGAGGAUCGGGAGGAUCUUCAGCUGCCUCAAGCGAUUCUCAAGCAGGGCCUCUCCCCUGUCCAGGAGGAGCCGGGUCAGGAGACGCCGGAGAGUUGCAGCCCGGGCAAAGGUCGCGGCGAUUGGGAGAGGUUCAUGGUCCGAUUGCACUACACCCCUGGCUCCAAGCUGGGCCUCAUGCUGGACAUCUCA